GUAGAGACCUACGGUAACAGAGAUGGCUGUGAUUUGUUGAAUCCUGCGAAUUUAAUUUCGAUAAGUUCUAAAUUCUAGAUAUAGAUUAGAUUUUCAAAAGCAAUGUCGAAUCUGGAAGUGCAGGAAGAGGAACGCGAAGUGCUCUUCUCGAUUUACGAUGGGGACGACAACUUCAAGCAACUGUCUCCAACCGUCUACCAAUAUAAAUAUGGAGUGCACGAUGAUCACAAAUCUUUCCUGAUGGAAAUCCAGUGGAGUGAGAAUUACCCAGAGGAGAAGCCAAUGAUCAGCAUGGAUGCAUUUUACAACAGGAAUAUCGUUCCCACAUUGAAGGAGAAGAUCGUCAAAUUGGUUGAGGAAGAGGCAGAGCAAUUCCUUGGCAUGUCCAUGACAUACUCACUUUUCGAGUUUCUGAAGGAAAAGUUUGAUGAGUUGAUCGCAGAACAGCCAGAUGGUGGUGUUGUUGAGCAAGUCACUGACGCUACUGAAAAACUGAACAUUGAAGACAAACCCUCUGAGAAAAAAGAGAAGAAAGAGCAGCUGACCAAAGCUCAGAAGAGGAGGCAAUGGGAUAAAGUGGAUAACAAAGGAGAGAAGCCCAGAGGAUGGAACUGGAUGGAUAUUGUGAAGCACCUGUCGCAGACCGGCUACAAGGAACCAUCUCCAGUGCCAAUAAGUUAAUUAACUUUCAGAUAAUAUCAAUUUAUUUAUAAAUAUAAAAAUAUAACACAAUUCAUGCCAGGAUUUA